GUUGGACUGUCUGAUCUAGACAUAAUAUAAAUGACAGAACAGUAAGGAGAUCAGAUCAAACUCCUAUCAGCAGGAGACUUUACUCAUGGCCUAUGAGACAGAAGGUCAUGAGACUCACUACUGCUUUCCUGCCAUUAACUCAUCAUGCAUCAAGACAAAACGCUCCAGACAUGAAUACAAUAUCAUGUAUGUGUUUUUUUCAUUGCUGUCAGUAUGGACUGUGUUUUUGAAUCUGCUGGUGAUCAUCUCCAUUUCUCACUUCAAGAGGCUUCACACUCCAACCAACAUGCUCAUUCUCUCUCUGGCUGUGGCCGACCUGCUUGUAGGACUUAUUGCAAUACCCGUAGAGGCCAUCAAACUGAUCGAGACGUGCUGGUACUUUGGAGAAAUAUUCUGUGGACUGUUCAUAAUUUUCCUUGGAUUUUUUCUCUCUGUAUCUCUUAGUAAUUUAAUUUUAAUUGCUCUUGAUCGUUUCAUUGCUGUGAUUUACCCUUUACUGUACACACAGAAAAUAACCAUGACUAAAAGUUUAGUGGGAAUUUUUCUCAGCUGGUUUUGCUCAUCUGUUUAUCUGACUGCCAUCGUAGUCAGCAAUGGAUAUUUUGACCCUGACACUUUAAAAAGAUUAGGUGUGUGUUAUGGAGAGUGUAGUUUUUAUAUUAGUUUUGGCUGGAGAUUGACUGAUCUCUUUGUUAAUUUUUUGUUUCCUUGUAUCACAAUCAUAACUUUAUAUAUGAAAAUAUUUUAUGUCGUACAUCAACAAGUAAAAAUUAUAAACUCUCUGGUGAAGAGAGGAAACAAUCUAACAGAAGGUUCUGUGAAAAGGAAAACUGAGCACAAAGCCGCUUUAACAUUAAGCAUCAUUGUGGCAAUUCACCUGCUUUGCUAUAUACCCUUUUAUAUAUUUUUUCUGACAGGAAGUACAGUAAUUCCUGAAAGCACUGCCAGUUUCCUAUCAUGGACUAUGUAUAUGAACUCAAGUGUAAAUCCCCUCGUCUAUGCUUUCUUUUACCCCUGGUUCAGAAAGGCACUUAAACAAAUCAUCACUCUUAAAAUAUUUCGCCCUGCAUCCACUCUGGUGGACAUUUUCACCAUAGUACAUCCAUCUGUGUAG